CAGCCCGGCGGCGGCGCUGCCUCGGACCCGAUGCUAUGAGAGCGCGGCGAGCCGGGCGCCCAGACCUGCGGGAGGCGUCGGGCGCGCGGCGGGUCUCGCCGGCUCCGCGGGCGGCUCUCCGGCUCCGGCUCCGGGCUUAGCCCCGCGGCGCCUCGGCGGACCAGGGCGCGUGGCGAGCGGCCCUCGGCGUGGUGCGCGUGGACCGGCCGCCGCCGACAUGACUGCGCGUCCGGGAGUCCGGCCGCCGCUCCUGCUGCUGCUGCCGCCGCUGCUGGCGGCUCUGCGCGCGGGGCCCCUCGCCGCAGCCAAGGGUCAGAACUGCGGAGGUUUGGUGCAGGGACCCAACGGCACCAUCGAGAGCCCCGGCUUCCCCCACGGGUACCCCAACUACGCCAACUGCACCUGGAUGGUGAUCACGGGCGAGCGCAACAGGAUCCAGCUGUCCUUCCACACCUUCGCGCUCGAGGAGGACUUCGACAUCCUGUCCGUGUACGACGGGCAGCCCCAGCAGGGGAACCUGAAAGUCAGACUGUCCGGGUUCCAGCUGCCCUCUUCCAUCGUGAGCUCCGGCUCCAUUCUGACGCUGUGGUUCACCACAGAUUUUGCCGUCAGCGCCCAGGGCUUCAAAGCUCUCUACGAAGUUCUGCCCAGCCACACCUGCGGGAACCCGGGCGACAUCCUGAAGGGCGUCCUGCACGGCUCGCGCUUCAACGUCGGGGACAAGAUCCGCUACAGCUGCCUGCCGGGCUACAUCCUGGAGGGCCACGCCGCGCUCACCUGCCUCGUCAGCCCGGGCAACGGCGCCUCCUGGGACUUCCCGGCCCCGUUCUGCAGAGCGGAGGGCGCCUGCGGCGGCACCUUGCGGGGGACGGGCAGCUCCAUCUCCAGCCCCCACUUCCCCUCGGAGUACGACAACAACGCCGACUGCACGUGGACCGUCCUGGCCGAGCCGGGGGACACCAUCGCCCUGGUCUUCACUGACUUCCAGCUGGAGGAGGGGUACGACUUCCUGGAGAUCAGCGGCACCGAGGCUCCGUCCAUAUGGCUCACAGGCAUGAACCUCCCCUCCCCCGUCAUCAGCAGCAAGAACUGGUUACGGCUCCACUUCACCUCCGACAGCAACCACCGGCGGAAGGGGUUCAACGCACAGUUCCAAGUGAAAAAGGCGAUUGAAUUGAAGUCAAGAGGAGUCAAGAUGCUACCCAGCAAGGACAGCAGUCGUAAAAACUCUGUCUUGAGCCAGGGAGGCGUUGCGCUGGUCUCUGACAUGUGCCCGGACCCCGGGAGCCCAGAAAACGGCAGAAGAGCGGGUUCUGACUUCAGGGUGGGCGCCAGCGUGCACUUCUCCUGCGAGGACAAUUACGUGCUCCAGGGACCCAAGAGCCUCACCUGCCAGCGAGUCACCGAGACCCUGGCCGCCUGGAGCGACCACCGGCCCAUCUGCCGAGCUCGGACGUGCGGGUCGAACCUGCGGGGGCCCAGCGGCGUCAUCACCUCGCCCAACUACCCGGUGCAGUACGAGGACAACGCGCACUGCGUGUGGGUCAUCACCACGGCGGACCCCGACAAGGUCAUCAAACUCGCCUUCGAGGAGUUCGAGCUGGAGAGAGGCUACGACACGCUGACGGUGGGGGACGCAGGGAAAGUGGGGGACACCCGGUCCGUCCUGUACGUCCUCACGGGGUCCAGCGUGCCUGACCUCAUCGUGAGCAUGAGCAACCAGAUGUGGCUACACCUGCAGUCCGACGACAGCAUCGGCUCUGGGGUCAAAGCCGUCUACCAAGAGAUUGAGAAGGGGGGCUGCGGGGACCCCGGGAUUCCUGCCUACGGGAAGCGGAUGGGGAGCGGCUUCCUCCACGGGAACACGCUGUCCUUCGAGUGCCAGGCGGCCUUCGAGCUGGUCGGGGAGCGGCUCAUCACCUGCCAGCAGAACAACCAGUGGUCGGGCAACAAGCCCAGCUGCGUGUUCUCGUGCUUCUUCAACUUCACGGCCUCCUCGGGGGUCAUCCUGUCCCCGAACUACCCGGAGGAGUACGGGAACAACAUGAACUGCGUCUGGCUGAUUAUCUCCGAGCCUGGGAGCAGGAUCCACCUCAUCUUCAACGACUUCGAUGUGGAGCCUCAGUUUGACUUCCUCGCCAUCAAAGACGAUGGCCUUUCUGAUAUCACCGUGCUUGGCACUUUCUCUGGCAAUGAAGUUCCUGCUCAGCUGGCCAGCAGUGGGCACAUCGUGCGCUUGGAGUUCCAGUCUGACCACUCCACCACCGGCCGUGGGUUCAACAUCACCUACACCACGUUUGGUCAGAACGAGUGCCACGACCCUGGCAUUCCCGUGAAUGGGCGGCGCUUCGGCGACCGGUUCCUGCUGGGGAGCUCCGUGUCCUUCCACUGCGAUGACGGCUUCGUGAAGACCCAGGGCUCGGAGUCCAUCACCUGCAUCCUGCAGGACGGGAAUGUGGUGUGGAGCUCCACGGUGCCCCGCUGUGAGGCUCCGUGUGGAGGGCACCUGACAGCGUCCAGUGGAGUCAUCCUACCCCCCGGAUGGCCUGGGUAUUACAAAGACUCCUUAAGUUGCGAGUGGGUCAUUGAAGCAAAACCAGGACACUCCAUCAAAAUAGCAUUUGACAGAUUCCAGACGGAAGUCAAUUACGACACUCUGGAGGUGCGGGACGGGCCGGCCGGCUCGUCCCCGCUGAUCGGGGAGUACCACGGCACCCAGGCCCCCCAGUUCCUCAUCAGCACCGGCAACUACAUGUACCUGCUCUUCACCACCGACAGCAGCCGCUCCAACGUGGGCUUCCUCAUCCACUACGAGAGUGUGACCCUGGAGUCCGACUCCUGCCUGGACCCGGGCAUCCCCGUGAACGGCCGCCGGCACGGCAGCGACUUCGGCCUCCGCGCCACGGUGACCUUCAGCUGCGAGCCCGGCUACACGCUGAGCGAGGACGAGCCCCUCUUCUGCGAGCAGAGCCACCAGUGGUCCCACGCCCUCCCCAGCUGCGACGCCCUGUGCGGCGGCUACAUCCACGGGAAGAGCGGCACCGUCCUGUCCCCGGGCUUCCCAGACUUCUACCCCAACUCCCUCAACUGCACCUGGACCAUCGAGGUCUCGCACGGAAAGGGCGUGCAGAUGAUCUUCCACACCUUCCACCUGGAGAGCUCCCACGACUACCUGCUGAUCACGGAGGACGGGAGCUUCUCCGAGCCCGUGGCCAGGCUCACGGGCUCCGUCCUGCCCCACACCAUCAAGGCCGGUUUGUUUGGCAACUUCACAGCCCAGCUUCGGUUCAUCUCCGACUUCUCCAUCUCCUACGAGGGCUUCAACAUCACGUUUUCAGAGUACGACCUGGAGCCCUGCGACGACCCCGGGGUCCCCGCCUUCAGCCGCAGGAUGGGCUUCCGCUUCGGCGUGGGCGACGCGCUGACCUUCUCCUGCUUCCCCGGCUACCGGCUGGAGGGGGCUGCGCGGCUGACGUGCCUGGGCGGGGGCCGUCGCGUGUGGAGCGCACCUCUGCCAAGGUGUGUGGCUGAAUGUGGAGCACGUGUCAGAGGAAAUGAAGGAACAUUACUGUCUCCGAAUUUCCCAUCCAAUUACGAUAAUAACCACGAGUGCAUCUAUGAAAUAGAGACGGAGGCUGGGAAGGGGAUCCACCUCAGAGCACGGAGCUUUCAGCUGUUCGAAGGGGACACGCUCAAGGUUUACGACGGGAAAGACAGCUCUUCCCGGCUGCUGGGCGCCUUCACCCGGAGCGAGCUGCUGGGGCAGGUCAUCAACAGCACCUCCAACCACCUGUGGCUGGAGUUCAACUCCAACGGCUCCGACACGGCCCCAGGCUUCCAGCUCACCUACACCAGCUUCGACCUGGUGAAGUGCGAGGACCCCGGCCUCCCCAGCUACGGGUACAAGCUGCGCGACGGGGGCCACUUCAUGGACACGGCGGUGGAGUACAGCUGCAACCCCGGCUACGCCAUGCACGGGAGCAGCACGCUCACCUGCCUGAGCGGCGACCGCCGCGUGUGGGACCAGCCGGUGCCGGCCUGCGUGGCCGAGUGCGGCGGUCGGAUCCGCGCGGGCACCUCGGGCCGCAUCCUGUCCCCCGGCUACCCGGCUCCCUACGACAACAACCUGCACUGCACCUGGGUGCUGGAGGCCGACCCUGGCAGGACCAUCAGCCUCCACUUCAUCGUGUUCGACACGGAGACGGCCCACGACACGCUGGGCGUGUGGGACGGCCCCGAGGACAGCACGCUGCUGCUGCGGGAGUGGAGCGGCUCCGCCCUGCCCGACGACGUGCACAGCACCUUCCACGCCCUCACGCUGCGCUUCCACAGCGACUUCUUCAUCAGCAAGUCCGGCUUCUCCAUCCAGUACUCCACAUCCAUUGCAUCUACCUGCAAUGAUCCAGGGACGAUGCAGAACGGGACCCGCUACGGUGACAGCAGGGAGCCUGGGGACACCAUCACAUUCCAGUGUGACCCUGGGUACCAGCUUCAAGGACAGGCCAAGGUCACCUGUGUGCAGCUGGACAGCAGGUUCUUCUGGCAGCCAGACCCUCCGACAUGCAUAGCUGCAUGUGGAGGGAAUCUCACGGGACCGGCGGGCGUCAUUUUGUCCCCCAACUACCCCCAGCCCUACCCCCCCGGGAAGGAAUGCGACUGGAGGAUCAAGGUGAACGCGGACUUCGUCAUCGCCUUGAUAUUCAAAAGCUUCAACAUGGAGCCCAGCUACGACUUCCUGCACAUCUACGAAGGCGAGGACUCCAACAGCCCCCUCAUCGGGAGCUUCCAGGGUGCCCAGGCCCCGGAGAGGAUCGAGAGCAGCGGCAACAGCCUUCUGCUGGCCUUCCGAAGCGACGCCUCCGUGGGCCUGUCCGGCUUCGCCAUUGAGUUUAAAGAGAAACCCCGGGAGGCGUGCUUCGACCCCGGGAACGUCAUGAACGGGACGCGGAUCGGAACCGACUUCAAGCUGGGCUCCACCGUGACCUACCAGUGCGACUCGGGCUACCGGAUCGAGGACCGCCCGUCCAUCGAGUGCGUGAUCGGGGCCGACGGGAAGCCCUCCUGGGACCGCGCGCUGCCCACCUGCCGCGCGCCCUGCGGGGGUCAGUACACUGGCUCUGACGGGGUCGUCCUGUCCCCCAACUACCCCCACAACUACACCGCGGGGCAAGUCUGCCUCUAUUCCAUCACCGUCCCAAAGGAAUUUGUGGUCUUUGGGCAGUUCGCCUACUUCCAGACGGCCCUGAGCGACCUGGCAGAGCUGUUCGACGGGACCCACCCGCAGGCCCGGCUGCUCAGCUCGCUCUCCGGCUCUCACUCCGGCGAGACGCUGCCUCUGGCCACGUCCAAUCAGAUUCUGCUCCGCUUCAGCGCCAAGAGCGGGGGCUCGGCCCGCGGCUUCCACUUCGUCUACCAAGCCGUGCCCCGUACCAGCGACACGCAGUGCAGCUCGGUGCCCGAGCCCCGGUACGGACGGAGGAUCGGCUCCGAGUUCUCGGCGGGCUCCGUCGUGCGGUUCGAGUGCAGCCCCGGGUACCUGCUGCAGGGCUCCGCCGCCAUCCGCUGCCAGUCGGUGCCCAACGCGCUGGCGCAGUGGAACGACACCGUCCCCGGCUGUGUGGUUCCCUGCAGUGGCAAUUUCACUCAGCGGAGAGGCACAAUCCUGUCCCCCGGCUACCCGGAGCCGUACGGCAACAACCUGAACUGCGUGUGGAAGAUCAUUGUUACGGAAGGUUCCGGAAUCCAGAUUCAGGUGAUCAGCUUCGCCACGGAGCAGAACUGGGACUCGCUUGAGAUCCACGAUGGUGGGGAUGCCGCGGCCCCCCGGCUCGGGAGCUUCUCAGGAACCACCGUGCCCGCGCUCCUGAACAGCACGUCCAACCAGCUCUACCUGCGCUUCCAGUCCGACAUCAGCGUGGCCGCCGCCGGCUUCCACCUGGAAUACAAAACAGUCGUCCGUGGCCUCGCCGCGUGCCAGGAGCCGGCCCCGCCCAGCAACGGCGUCCGGAUCGGAGACCGCUACAUGGUCAACGACGUGGUCUCCUUCCAGUGCGAGCCGGGCUACACGCUGCAGGGCCGUUCACACAUUUCCUGCAUGCCCGGCACCGUCCGUCGCUGGAACUACCCGUCUCCGCUGUGCAUCGCCACCUGCGGGGGCACGCUGACCAGCCUGGGCGGAGUGAUCCUGAGCCCCGGCUUCCCGGGAUCGUACCCCAACAACCUGGACUGCUCCUGGAAGAUCUCCCUGCCCGUGGGCUACGGUGCACAUAUUCAGUUUCUGAAUUUCUCUACGGAAGCCAACCACGACUACCUGGAGAUUCAGAACGGGCCUUACCACACCAGCCCUCUGAUCGGGCAGUUCAGCGGCUCGGAUCUGCCCCUGGCCUUGCUGAGCACCACGCACGAGACGCACAUCCGCUUCUACAGCGACCACUCGCAGAACCGGCAAGGCUUUAAGCUGACUUACCAAGCCUACGAGCUGCAGAACUGCCCGGACCCGCCGCCGUUCCAGAACGGGUACAUGGUGAACGCGGACUUCGGCGUGGGGCAGUCCAUCUCCUUCGAGUGCUACCCGGGCUACGUCCUGCUGGGCCACCCGGUGCUCACCUGCAAGCACGGCACGGACCGGAGCUGGAACUUCCCCUUCCCGCGCUGUGACGCCCCCUGCGGGUACAACGCGACGGCCCAGAACGGCACCAUCUACUCCCCCGGCUUCCCCGAGGAGUACCCCAUCCUCAAGGACUGCGUGUGGCGGAUCACCGCCCUGCCCGGGCACGGCGUGUACAUCAACUUCACCUUGCUGCAGACCGAGGCCGUCAACGACUACAUCGCCGUCUGGGACGGUCCUGACCAGAACGCGCCGCAGCUCGGGGUUUUCAGCGGGAACACAGCGCUGGAAACCGCGUACAGCUCCAGCAACCAGGUCCUGCUCAAGUUCCACAGCGACUUCUCCAACGGGGGCUUCUUCGUCCUCAACUUCCACGCCUUUCAGCUGAAGCGGUGCCCGGCCCCGCCCGCAGUCCCCCACGCCGACCUGAUCGCCGAGGACGAGGACUUUGAGAUCGGAGACUUUGUGAAGUACCAAUGCCACCCUGGCUACACCUUGUCUGGAAGCGACACGCUGACCUGCAGACUAAGCGCCCAGCUGCAGUUCGAGGGCAAUGCCCCCUCCUGCGAAGCCCAAUGCCCAGCAAAUGAAGUCCGGACGGAAUCUUCUGGAAUAAUCCUCAGCCCUGGGUAUCCGGGCAACUAUUUCAACUCCCAGACCUGCUCCUGGAGCAUUAAAGUAGAACCAAACUUCAAUAUUACUAUCUUUGUGGAAACAUUUCAAAGUGAGAAACAAUUUGAUGCACUGGAAGUAUUUGAUGGCUCUUCGGGGCAGAGUCCCCUGUUAGUUGUCCUAAGUGGGAACCACACCGAGCAAUCCAAUUUCACCAGCAAGAGCAACCAGCUGUAUCUCCGCUGGUCGACCGACCACGCCACCAGCAAAAAGGGAUUCAAGAUUCGCUACGCAGCCCCAUACUGCAGCCUGCCCCCCACGCUGAGCAACGGCGGGAUCCUCAACCGGACGGCCGGAGCCCUGGGAAGCCGCGCGCAGUUCUUCUGCAAGCCCGGGUACCGCAUGGUCGGCCGCAGCAACGCCACCUGCCGGCGGAGCCCAGCGGGCCUGUUCCAGUGGGACUCGCCGGUGCCCCUCUGCCAGGCCGUGUCCUGCGGAACCCCGGAGGCCCCUGGAAAUGGCUCCUUCACGGGGAACGAGUUCACCUUGGACAGCAAAGUGACCUUCGAGUGCAACGAGGGCUUCAGGCUGGAGGCGGACGGGCCGGCGUCGGCCGUGUGCCGGGGGGACGGGCUGUGGAGCACGCGGGGACGGCCGCCCACCUGCAAGCCGGUGCUCUGCCCCAGCAUCGAGGCCCAGCUGCCCGACCACGUCCUGUGGAGGCUGGUGUCGGGGUCCAUGAACGAGUUCGGGGCCCAGGUCCUGCUGAGCUGCAGCCCCGGCUACUUCCUAGAAGGUCGGAGGCUCCUCCAGUGUCACGCAAACGGCACGUGGAGCACAGGACAGGAGAGACCCAGGUGCAAAGUCAUCUCCUGUGGAAACCUGCCCUCCCCGCCCAACGGCAACAAGAUCGGGACCCUGACCACGUACGGGGCCACGGCCAUCUUCACCUGCAACACGGGCUACACGCUCGUGGGCGCCCACGUGCGCGAGUGCCUGGCCAACGGCCUGUGGAGCGGGCCCGAGACGCGGUGUCUGGCCGGCCACUGCGGAUCCCCGGACCCCAUCGUGAACGGCCACAUCAGCGGCGACGGCUUCAGCUACAGAGACACGGUGGUGUACCAGUGCAAGCCCGGCUUCCGCCUGGUGGGGACGUCCGUCAGGAUCUGCCUGCAGGACCACAAGUGGUCCGGCCAGACCCCCGUCUGCGUCCCCAUCACCUGCGGACACCCCGGGAACCCCGCCCACGGCGCCACCAACGGCUCCGAGUUCAACCUGAACGACCUGGUGAACUUCACCUGCCACGCGGGCUACGUGCUGCACGGGGCCGCCCGCGCCCAGUGCCGGAGCAGCGGCCAGUGGAGCAGCCCUCUGCCCGCCUGCCGAGUGGUGAACUGCUCCGACCCAGGCUUUGUGGAGAACGCCGUGCGGCAGGGCCAGCAGAGGCUCCCCGGGAGCUUUGAGUACGGAAUGAGCGUGAUGUAUCACUGCAAGAAGGGCUUCUACCUGCUGGGGUCGUCGGCCCUGACCUGCAUGGCCGACGGCCUGUGGGACAGGUCUCUACCCAAGUGUCUGGCCAUAUCGUGCGGGCAUCCCGGGGUUCCGGCCGACGCCGUGCUAACCGGGGAGCUGUUCACGUUCGGAGCCACGGUGCGCUACUCCUGUGAAGGGGGCCGGACGCUCACGGGGAACGGCACGCGCGUGUGUCAGGAGGACAGUCGCUGGAGCGGGGCGCUGCCCCACUGCUCAGGAAGUCACCCCGGGUUCUGCGGUGACCCCGGGACCCCAGCCCACGGGUCUCGGCUGGGGGACGAGUUCAAGACCAAGAGCCUCCUGCGCUUCUCCUGCGAGAUGGGCCACCAGCUGCGGGGCUCGGCCGAGCGCACGUGCCUGGCCAACGGGUCGUGGUCCGGGGAGCAGCCCGUGUGCGAAGCCGUGUCCUGCGGGAACCCCGGCACCCCGACCCACGGCCUGAUCCGCAGCAGCGACGGCGUCCUCUUCUCCAGCUCCGUGGUCUACGCGUGCUGGGAGGGCUACAAGACGUCGGGGCUCACCACCCGGCACUGCACGGCCAACGGCACCUGGACGGGCACCGCGCCCGACUGCACGGUUAUCAGUUGUGGGGACCCAGGCACGCUACCGAACGGGCUCCAGUUUGGGACAGACUUCACCUUCAACAAGACAGUGAGCUACCGGUGCAACCCUGGCUACCUGAUGGAGCCCCCGACCUCCGCCACCAUCCGCUGCACCAAGGACGGCACGUGGAACCAGAGCAAGCCGGUCUGCAAAGCCGUCCUGUGCAGUCCGCCGCCGGCCGUGCCGCACGGGAGCGUGGAGGGCGACGACUUCCGCUGGGGGUCCAGCGUCAGUUACCGCUGCGCCGACGGCUACCAGCCCUCCCACGCGGCCAUCCUGUCCUGCGAGGGCCGCGGCGUGUGGAAGGGCGACGCCCCCCAGUGCCUGCCCGUCUUCUGUGGAGACCCCGGGACCCCCGCCGAGGGGAAGAUGAGCGGGAAAAGCUUCACCUACAAGUCCGAAGUGUUCUUCCAGUGCCGAGCCCCGUUCCUCCUGGUGGGGUCCUCCAGGAGAGCCUGCCAGGCCGACGGCGCGUGGAGUGGCGUGCAGCCCACCUGCAUAGAUCCUGCACACAACACCUGCCCGGACCCUGGCACGCCCCCCUUUGGGAUACAGAACAGCUCCAGAGGAUAUGAGGUGGGAAGCACCGUGUUCUUCCGCUGCAGGAAAGGAUACCACGUCCAGGGCUCCACCACGCGGACGUGCCUGGCCAACCUGACGUGGAGCGGGAUCCAGACGGAGUGCAUCCCGCACGCCUGCCGGCAGCCCGAGACCCCCGCGCACGCCGACGUGCGGGCCAUCGACCUCCCGGCCUUCGGCUACACGCUGGUGUACACCUGCCACCCCGGGUUCUUCCUGGCGGGAGGCUCCGAACACAGGACCUGCAAGGCAGACAUGAAAUGGACGGGGAAGUCGCCGGUGUGUAAAAGUAAAGGAGUGAGAGAAGUUAAUGAAACAGUUACUAAAACUCCAGUUCCUUCCGACGUGUUUUUCCUGGGCUCCGUGUGGAAAGGAUACUACGAGUACACAGGCAAAAGGCAGCCGGCCACGCUGACCGUCGACUGGUUCAACGCGACCGGCAGCAAGGUCAACGCGACCCUGACCGCCUCUCAGGUGCAGCUGGAGCUGACAGGGGUCUACAAGAAGGAGGAGGCCCACCUGCUGCUCAAAGCCGCGCACAUCAAGGGCCCCGCUGACAUUUUUGUGAGCAAGUUUGAAAACGACAACUGGGGCCUGGAUGGUUACGUGUCGUCGGGGCUGGAGAGAGGCGGCUUCACCUUCCAGGGCGACGUGCACGGGAGAGACUUCGGGAAGUUCAAGCUGGAAAGGCAAGAUCCCUCCAGCUCCGAUCAAGAUUCUUCGAAUCGUUACCACGGCACCAGCGGAGGCUCCGUGGCCGCGGCCAUUCUGGUCCCGUUCUUCGCUCUAAUUUUAUCAGGGUUCGCAUUUUACCUCUACAAACACAGAACAAGACCAAAAGUCCAGUACAACGGCUACGCCGGCCACGAGAGCAGCAACGGCCAGGCGUCCUUUGAGAACCCCAUGUACGACACAAACUUGAAGCCCACGGAGGCGAAGGCCGUGCGGUUCGACACGGCUCUGAACACCGUGUGCACAGUGGUAUAGCCCCCGGCCCCCGGGGACCCAUAGCCAUACCUCCGAGGGACUCGCGGUGAUUCCUCUGGUGCCAUAGCCCGCCCCCUCCGCUCUCGCUUCGCGCAGCCCC